GGAGGGGAAAGUGACCCUGGUGGGUGGGACCGAGGUGGGGCAUGUAGACAUCGAGAGACAACCUUAUUGUCCCAUCGAUUUAGGGGCUGAGUGGGGGAUUUCGGACGUUUAGUACGGUAUGCGGAUAAACGAGGAAUAGUAUUAGAGGCCUAAAAGUGUCCCAACAUAUAAGGGCGAAAUAAGCGUCCACGUUGGAGAUGUCCUAAGGAAACAACAAACAUUAAUUAUUAGUGUUGGUUACAACAUCACAAUUACUACUGAAUACUUAACUAAUUCAUCCAAUCAUCAUUGGAGAUGCCAAAGGAGCAGUUGAUUGCUUUGAUAUCGUGAUAGAUGCCUACUUUCUCCCAAUCAUUGUGGAGCUAGGAAAGACCAAAUACAAUGUGUUUUAUAAUGUUAAAUAUGUGAACAGGUCUGCUACCCACUCCGUCCCAAGAUAAGUGUCUUAACUUUAGUACAAGACAGAGGGAGUAUUUUCGUAUCCCAACAAUGCUAAGCUCUACCAUUUGGCAUGUAAUCGUUAACUAGAAGGAGCUCACUCUUGUGGCAAGAAUAAUCGAGCAACAAAAUUAUUAAGGUCACGAUGGUUGAGAUAACCUAUCAUGGUUAUCUUAGCUAUGAAUUCCUUCAUCUCCCCCUUUGAUUCCGAUGAAACUCAAUUGACGACAACAUUUUGCUUUGAGGUUCGUAGCAGGCCCAUUUGUACACAUUCCCUAACCCUCCUUUCCCAAGAUGCAUCAUCUCACUGAAACCAUUGCUUGCAGAGGUAAGAUAUUUAUAUGCGAAGCAUGAUGACCCACGAUCAAUUUCACCAUCUAUUUUUACUAGUAGAACGUCUGUGCGUUGCUACGGGCUACAAUGCAUUUAAAUGAAUUAAACAAAUAAUUAUGAUUGUCUCUAAGGUCGAAGCUCAUUUCUCUCUCAUACGUUCGUGCGUGCUCGGACAUGAAAAGGGCACCUGGUAGGCUCCCAAAAAUCCCAUCGUCAAGACAGUCCGGACUCCUUCAUAUCCAGACCAUAUGUAGGGGACAAAUGUGGUUGUCCGGACUAUCCUCCAUAUUAUCUCUAACACGCGGCCAACCGAAAGCCCCCACCCGACGACGUACCUUUCUCUUUUCCUUUCGGGCCCUUCCCUUCCUGCUCGAUUUCCUGUUGUAGCUUGGAAUUUAUCGCAGGAGCCCUCUCCUUUAAAACCGGAUAACGCCCACCUCAACUUCGCCAAGCCUUGCCGCGGGGACGAAUUGUUUCGUAUUGAUGGGUUAAACUAACACAUACUAUUCCCACAAAACAACAAAUAACUAUAGAGAUUAUAUUAAAAGGUUCAUUCAACUUUACAAAUGCACGCAAUAAAAUGUCACCAUUUCUACGGUUUCUAAUUGUGUCGUACAAGUGCCAAUAUUUUUCUCCCAUUUCUCAUAUCUCGCAUAUAUUUAGAGUUUUGCAGCGCCCCCACCCAACAUGUGUGCGUGCGUGCGUGCGUGCGUGUGUGUGUGUGUGUCGCCUUCCUUGGCUACACUUUGUAUCCUCCCAUUUUUGACAACAUAAGGUUCCCUUGCAUUACUCAAUCCCCUCAAGCACAUCAUACAUCAUCUGUACCGAUUAGCCUACAAAGUAAAUAAAAGAGAUUAAAAAUUGAAACACACUGAAUUGUGAAGAAGAACACUUUUCUGUGUAAGUAAGUAGUACUCAAAGAGGUGAUAUAAAUUUUGAAAGCAGAAAAUACAUCAAGGCGGUAUGUUUCAAAAGGCAAGUCAACCAUUACUGAGUGAAAGAUGGUUUCAACAUAGAAAUGCAGAGAAAAGGGCAAGAGCAGCACAACCCACAGGAAAGUGACGGCCUGCGAAAUCUAACCAAUUGUAAUCAGCAAAAGCGAAAUGGCGUAAGAAAAUAUUGCUUACAACUCAACAGCAAACCCAUAUAGCUUGUGCCCACCUCCAUACACAGAAGUUUAAUAAGAUGAAGGAGAUGCAAUGCUAUGAUUUUGCCUAGGAAUGCAUGAAAUUCGUGGUAAACUCUCAUGAGUUCAUCUUCCAGGAGUGGCUUUAUAGAGUAUAUAGGCUUGCCAGAAUUGCUCCAAAUGAUGAAUUUUUUGAUCCUCCUCCAUGAAGCUGAAGUUCAACCACGAACAUCAAGAAACACACUAAAGGUGAGGCGACUCUCAUAAGAAUGAUUAGAAAAUGACCUACACCAAAAUCACGCACCCUUCUUCAAUUUCUUUCGGCUACCACAGAACACAAAACAUAGACGUAGAAAUAGCGAUCAAACAUCAUGUACACCGCAUAUGACUUAUGGCUUGAGACAAAUGUCAUCUUUCAAGCAUGUCAUCACAGUAUCCUCUACCUCGCUUAGAAGAAGAAAAAUGCUUGUUGUAGUAUCAAGUGCGUCUGCAUCAUAUCGAUAUGGAUAUCUAUAUUGAAUGCAUAAACAUAAACUAGAGCCUCGCUUAGAAGAACAAAAAUGCUAGUUUUAGUAUCAAGCACGUCUGCAUCACAUCGAUAUGGAUAUCUAUAUUGUAUGCAUAAACAUAAACUAUAGCCUCGCUUAGAAGAACAAAAAUGCUAGUUUUAGUAUCAAGCACGUCUGCAUCACAUCGAUAUGGAUAUCUAUAUUGUAUGCAUAAACAUAAACUAUAGCCUCGCUUAGGAGAAGAAAAUGCUUGUUCUAGUAUCAAGCACGUGUGUCACAUCGAUAUGGAUAUCUAUAUUUUGGUCGCAUCACCCGUUAUAUUCCACAAAUACAUUAGAUGAUUAAUGCUACUGACGAUAAAUAUUUUUAAAGUGAUGCUCGAAAUAUUUUCCAAUAAAUUCAACGUCACGGAUUAGUACAUUAAUGUUUCCGCUAUAGGAUUUUCUUUCAAGAUGCACUUUCGUGAACACAAAAUUGACAUUAGCUUGCUUCAUUUUUUUUGCGGGAUGGCAUUAGCUUGCUUCUAACUGGUCAUCUUCACUCUUUGCUUUAUCCCGCCCUUCAAACUGAUCAUCUUCACUCUUUCGUGCGUCCUUAUCAUGUCGAGUCUUUUGUUUUUUACACCACUCUUUGCUGGAAAUCAAAUAAUAUUGUAAUGUUCAAUGAAUAUUUUUCUUUUCAGUAUUUAACUUCACCGUGUGCUUCAAAACAUAUGUAUGUGUCAUGUUGGUAUCUUUCUGUUCAACAGUCGGUAACCCCUCCACGGUUGUAUGUGUUACUCUUACGUCUGUAUACUUGUGUCACUCGGUAACCAUAGCACAAACUCGUACAGUACUUUCUUGCAUGCCAUGAGACUGACACUGGGCCUGAGAAUAAAAUUGUGCCUGAGACUGGGCCUGAGACUGACACAAUGGCGGAGCUUCGUUGCAGCAAAACUAGGCCAAGGCCCCGCUUAUUUUUGCAGCACAACACUGGGCCUGAGAAUAAAAUUGUGCCGAGAGGGUAAAGAAACUUGGGUUCUGCUCUAGCCCGGUCCACCCUGCCAUUUCACUGCCUUUUAGUUUAGUUAGCCGUUAACCAUUGCAUGCCGGUGAUAGAUGCCAUGAUACUCAAAGCAUGCCCGAAUUUUGUAUGGAACCAACAGAGUUGUUGGGAUUUCCUAAGUUAAUUUGCUUACAAUUGAACCCGAAACAACACGAUCUCCAACGCCUUUUCUGCUUCGAUCGGCAGAGAUUGAUGGAUAUGCAUCGUCACUUUCUCCAUCUUUCGCCAAAUCUUUUCUUCCAUACCACACGCACGUAGAUUGGCGAUUGGUGGCCGGACAAAUCGAUCUGGUUUUCCAGUAGUGUUUCGCUUGGUCUGGGAACAAGCGCGAAAACUUCGACGCCCUCUCAGUUUCAGCUGAUAGCACUUUCACUCAGGCAGAGAUGUGUCAUCGAUCAUCAUCGAGGCCUUUCCUCUUCUUCAUCUUUGCCAACUCCUUCUUGUUUCACACUAGACUACAGCAAGGUGAGCUCAAUUGAGCAAAGACAAGACACGGGCAGGUAGCUGAGCGAGUGACUCGUCAGCGUCACCGCCAGCUGAAAAGAAACGUGAAUCGGAGACAUCUCUACUACUUCGACACCUACGUCUCCUUGUGUUCCAUGCACUCACCACUCAGCGCUUGCAAACGGCGGCGACGCGCGUGGCCUCUCAAAGAGAUGUUGGUGGAGAUGCCGCACUAACAUCGCUGUGGUUCUUAUGAGGUGAUGAGCGCAGUCGUCCAAGUCUUCCGGGGAAUUUCGCGGAAGCUACCGUCGUCGCCUCGGCCGCAAACCAUGACCAGAAAGCGACGUCAACGGCCGCCGUGGAAAUCAACUAUCUGAAUUCUGGAGGAAUCUUAGUGUAAAUCGAAGGCAACCUACGCGCAAUCAGUCCAAGCCUCUCGACCUUGCGUGCAUCAGCCAGCUAGAGGCGUCCGCCCCGCCAUGGCGCUGUUGACCGGGCUGGGCCAGGCGGCGACGGUGGCGCAGCUGGUGGGUGCGGACGUCGGCGGGCUCAUCUCCAUGACCAUGCAGGCCGCGCUGACGGCUCGGCAGAACAGGGCGGAGUGCGAGCAGCUGGCGCGCCGGGUCCUCAUGAUCGCGCAGCUGCUGCCGCACGUCCAGCUUGCCGAACUGGAGGCUGCCGCGCGGCCGCUGGCCGGGCUGGGCGACGUGCUCCGGGACGCCCAUGAGCUCGUCGUGUCCUGCCAGGGGCGGAGCGCCGCCUACCAGUUCGUCAUGGCCGGCAGGACCGCCGACCGGUUCAGGGAGGUUCAGGGCAGGAUCGACUCCUACCUCAUCCUCUUCCCUGUGAUUAGCCACAUCGGCAUCACUCGCCGCCUUGAAAGGAUCUACAACGUCCUCGUUCCAGACAACGACUCCACCACCGGUGGUGAACCAUCGUAUCCACCUCCACCACGGCUGUCCCACACGCAGUCUCUUUUUCAGGAGUCUUCGCAAGAGAUGGCUCAGGAGGUGGAGGUAGUGCGGCAUGGAACCGAGGAAUUCACGUUGGCGGAAAUCAUGGAUGCCACCAAUGGCUUCGCCCGUGACGCCGUGAUCGGCUAUGGCGGCGGUGGAAGAGUGUACAAGGGCAGGCUUCAUGAUGGCCGAGAGGUGGCUGUCAAGCGCGUGAAUAACCUGCAAUCAAACAACAUACAGCUGGAGCUCGACAUCCUGUCACGGCUCCGACACAAACACAUCGUUCGCCUCCUUGGAUCGUGUGUGACUGCGGGCACGGACAAGAGAAAAAAGCGCCUGCUGACCACCAAGCGAAGAAAGGAACCCGAAGAGGAGCCAGAAGGGUCCAUCGUCUACGAGUACAUGGAGAACGGCACACUCUACGACCACCUGCACCAUAACCAAGGCUCCUCUGCGGCAUCACCAUUGAGGGUGUGCUGGAAGAUGCGCAUAGAGGUGCUCCUCUGUGUGUCGCGCGCCAUCAAGCACCUGCACUGUCAUGCCGUACCGCCGAUCAUCCACCGUGACAUCAAGUCAAGUAACAUCCUUUUUGACGCUAGGUGGGUGCCACAUGUGUCGGACUUUGGCUCGUCACUCACCUGGCACGUGUCGAGUGUGAAGGACUCGGGGUUGGAGUGCCCUGUUAUGGGCACAUUUGGGUACGUCGACCCUGAGUACUGCCUCAGAGGCCGCGUGAAGCCGGCGAGCGACGUAUACAGCCUGGGCGUGCUCAUGCUCGAGGUUUUAACAGGGAAACGGGCAUUUCUCCAAGGAGGGUUGAAAAUAAAGGAAGAUCUAGCAUGUUUUGCAUCUCCCAUCAUCGAGGCUGGUGAUAUUAUGGAGUUGCUGGACAAGCGACCUGUACCGGGGCCAACAUCAUUGCAGUUGCAGGCGCUGAAGCGUGUAGCGCAAAUUGCACGAUGCUGUGUCAAAUGGGUUGGGAGGGCUCGGCCGGCCAUAUCGGAUAUCGUUGCCAACCUCGAGAUGGUGCACAAGUUGAUCUGCAGAGACGAGCCAUGUUUAGUUGAAGAGUCAGUCGUGUGGCCUUUUCUUGAAAAAGUCGAUGAGUCGCCACAUGCCAAGAGUGUGCCAUUAGCAGGCUACCAGCCCAAUCUGGUACACCAGAAACUGACUGAACUCUGUUCACAUUAACCAAUUGAAUCAUGGGAAUACAUGGCUGAGGCGAGAAUUGAUUUUUU